ACAACAUCAUAAUAAAGAAAAUAAAGAAGCUGCUGCUAUCCCAGCAAAUCCAUUGGCUGGAAUUAAAGAUCAUUUAACAAAAUAUGGAAUAAUUACUUUAUUCGAUAGAGAGUAUCCAUAUAUGAAAAAGCUUUAUGAUACACUUGGUAAUGAAAGGAUGAACUUAUAUAGACAGCAGUGGAAUAAGAAGAAUAGUAAAAAAGAAGAGAAUGAAAGAUUGAAGAUUGGUGAUAAACAUGAUGGGAUUCUUUACAUGAAUUUACAUGGUGAAAGUGCCCAAGUAGGAUUUGUUGAAGUGGCUGGCAAUGCAUUUGAUAAAGAUCUGGCUAAUUGUAAUCACGAUUUGACAAAGCUAUUGAAGGCAAUGUCACUUUCUAUUUGGAGUCAACAUGAACACAUCAAUUUUAAUAAUUUGAAAUUAAUGUCAUUUGCUGUGCUUGUUCAUGGUAAAAAAGUCCAUUUAUUAAUAAUGCAUUCAAUUGAUGGAAAAAACAUUAUUAAAAAUUUUGAUGAAUUUUAUCUCCCUUCAACUAAUAUAUGCCUUUUGAGAAUGAAGGAAAUAAUCUUUUCAAUAUUAAGAUUUAAAAUAAGAGUUAGUAAUUAUUAUGAUAUGUUAACCCAUUAUCCUAGAAAGGUUACAAGAUCUCCAAAUUCUACUCCUCCAGAUUCAUCAUCAAAAUGA